UCGAGAACUUAUUUCAAUUUACUUGAAGCAGGUUCUAAACUGGGGUUGGUGGUUGAAGUGGAUAUGGAAACUUUGAAUGCUACUGAUGGGAUCAGAAUCAGAAUUGUUAUGAUCAAUCCUAAUGGCCUGCCGCGCUGUUUCCCUGCGACUUCACCUGAUUUACUGACAGGUGAAUUGUGUUAUCGACUUGAGGAGACUGUAGAAGCUAUGACUAACAUACAAGAGAAUGUGGCAACGUCUGACGAGGAUAUGGACAACAAUGCUCAGAUGGCAGGUGAUAGGAGGAUGGUUAAACAGCUGCAGCUAGAUCAACAAAGUCAUGGAGGCCAUAUUAAUUCUGCUAUGGGUAACAAGAAAAUGAAAGAGGUGGUAGUGGCUGGUCAAAUUUCAAUGGAUGUUGAACCUAGGAUGAGUUUACAGAGUUCAACGCAGGAAUUGGUUGAGAAAGGUUACCAGGGUGGUUCUUCAACAGAUGUGGCAAUAUCUGAUGAAGAUAUGAACAGGAAUGUUCAGAUGGAAUAUGAUAGGAGGUUGGCUGAACAGAUUCAGCUUGAGCUGGAUCAACCAAGGUCCAAGUGACUGGCCAAAUGGAGCCAAUAGCUGCCGGAUUGGGGGCGCCUACAAGGACAUCCAACCAUUGCAAGUUAUCAUCCCAGUUUUCUUCUUCAUAGUCCUGCUGCCACAAAGUCUCUUAUUGUUUGAAAUAAUUCUUGCAAGACAGAAUUAUUUUGCCAAUUCGUGAUUGUAAGUCCGAUAAGCGGGGGAAUGCACUGAUUAUGCUUGAAGGAUUCAAAAGCCUCUGUUAAAGGUGCACACAUACAUUUGGUUUUGCUCGAGGGGUUUAGUUACAGUUUUAAUCAGAAUUGUCUCUUAUAGAGCCAUUUUAAGGUGCUCCACCUUACCUCUAUGGAGGUAAGAGUUUCAAAUCAAU